AUGAAUGUCAACACGGACGAAUCUGGUUCAUUUCGUCUCCAUUUCGAUCGCAAUUUGUUGCCUCCCUGUGCUGAAAUCUGCUUUAUUUCUGGUACGAACUAUUCUUGAGACCUUUCUCGAUUGCAUCGACGUGACUACGCUGAUAUUGGUGACUGCAUCGAAGAGCAAUCAAGGUUUUUCAGCAACACUUCAUUUGCAACGUGCAAUGAGCUUGUCCAGACGAUUCUGUGAGCUGCAGACUUCUGAUCUAAGUUGAGGAACUAGGUGACUCAGAGAAGACCUUCCCCGCCUGUUUGUCCUGCUUCUGAAACUGGUGAUAAACUUACGAGUUUUGAUGUCAGACGAUACCACUAGCGACAAUGGUGAAAACAUUCCAGGCGUACCUGCCCAACAAAUGUCACCGCACCUAUAGCUGCGUACAUUGUCGUGCCCAUCUGGCAAACCAUGAUGAACUGAUCUCAAAGUCUUUUCAAGGAAGUCAAGGACGGGCUUACUUGUUUAACUCAGUUGUGAAUGUCGGGUGCGGUCCUGCUGAAGAGCGAGUGUUACUCACUGGUCUACACGCAGUUGCCGAUAUUUACUGUGAAUGUUGCAAAACCACGUUAGGAUGGAAAUAUGAGCAUGCAUUUGAAUCAAGUCAGAAAUAUAAAGAAGGAAAAUAUAUCAUAGAACUUGCCCACAUGAUCAAGGACAAUGGAUGGGACUGAGACAUCACGCCAGGAGGAAAAGGACUCUGAAUCUGAUAUCAUCACAGGGCAAACAUGUCUCACUAGCCCCGCACACAUCAUAGACCUACCGUGCUUCAUGGACUCGGAGUUUGGCGUCAAGGAUCUUCUGUGUUACACAUGCUGGAUCUAUCCAUGGACUAUGGCACAUUGCAUCAGCUACAGCUUCAGUAGAGGUGUUGGAUGAUGAUCUCUUUAUUUUCAUAACGGAUGGAUGACGAUAUUGGGUUAUAGAAGGCACUGAAAUUCGCUAUAGGCGUUUAUGAGAUAUGGUACAAUGCUUCCAAUGUACACAUAGAUAUGUUAGCAGCACGAUAAGGUUUAGGUCAUGUUAACAGCACGAAAAAGUCAAGGUCACCAGACAACAAACAUUGAGAUCGCUGGCCCAAGACAACAGCUGUCGCAUUCUGAUAUGAAAUGGCCGCCAGCUUUUCUAGGGCACUUCAUUGUUAUUCUUAGAACGUUUACAGCAAACGACAAGACAAGGAAUCAUUGUGAUCAUGGCGUGCUUGGAUUCCUUAAGCACUUCUAGCUUUUUUACGAACUAAGAUGGCCACCAGUCAGUGGUAUAUUUUCAGUGGAAAAUCUUUUCUUGAACAUUUCCUUCCGUGUGUUCCAAUUCACAACAGAUUACUGCCAUGAUGUAGAGUUUUCAAAUUUUGCUACAAUCAAUGUCAGUUUGAGGCAGUUUGACAGAAAGUUUGAAUUUCUGGUUCAACGAUUGACAUCGAAAUGGGUUGAUUGCUAUUUUGAGUCUGGGUUGUAAAACUCUUCCAGUUACCGCACAGGAUAAGUACAGAGGACAAAAUCUGACCUUAGUCACUAAAAAGGGGUUAAAUGUAGUGUAGAGUUGUACGCAGUCCUUCCUAUUCCCAUGUUCAAAGUGUGAAACAUACUGAAUCAUUCAUUACAUUCAGAUAUGUACAUUAUUCAUUGAUAUCCUGGUUUAGAACUGAGAAAAAUGAUCAAUAGUUUUGCAAAAUUACAGCUACAUUUUGUACAUGAUACACAUGCCUGUUUGACAUUCACUCUAAACUGACGUUGAACAUUUUGCUGGCUGUUUUAUUUGCAAAGCCCCCCCCCCCCAUCUUUAGUGAAAACUGACAUGAGAUUUGCAAAACAUGAUUACAUCAAAGCUAUGGAACAAUUUAGGUGCAUAUAUGCCUGGAUUUGUGCAUCUGAAGGCCACGACCUAGAGCAGUUGCAGAAACUCUCUGCAGAUAGAUCGUGAUAUAUGAAGAUAGUGACAUGUUGGUCUGAUUUACCUACUGUAUUGUGUUCUAAAAACAAAAUGGGCACUGUGCACUUUCGAUGAUUGAAUUUAUUUGCCAAUAUAUUUCUUAGGUUGAUAAAGUAAACUUAUAUCAAAGAUUUCUUCCAAAAUUUGUGCUGAACUGAUAUUUGCCAUGACAAAGGCUUUAUCAUUGAGCUGUAAAAAUAAGUAAAUUGACCUCUUCAGAGCAUUUCGAGGAUUCGGGUCACAUACACGGGUAACUUCGAUGCUAAUUGGAUAAAUGUGCAGACUCCUUCAGUCCUAGGGUAUCAAGCAAACUGUUCAUUGUCUACAUUUGUAUUCAUAUGAAUCACAUAUCUCGUAUUGUCCACAGAUAGACAUGUAGGUGGCUUUGUAGAGGUACAGGGCCACACAAUCUGUGUCAAAUUAGAAAGACCCUGCAGGUCAAUUUUGAAGCUUUAAUUAUGUGGAGUGAGGGGAACUAGCUGCUAGAAAACUUGCUAAUCUUUGUUUCUUUUUAUGAUGACAAACCAUCAAGAAAAGUGCUGUUCCAUAUUUUGAAUAUCUCAGUUAUUGUCAUGGUACAAUGGCAGCUACCGAUAAGGAAUUUCGAUUUUGUCGAUUUGUGGAGUAGUUUCUUGUCAUCUGUUCAGUGAAUAUCUGUGGUUUAAAAACGAUCUUUGUUCAAGCUUGAUUUGUUGUAAUUUCAAAAAAAUAACUGGUACUGGUGUAAAAUUACUGUUGAAAAUUGUAAUUAUUUUCUAUCGUCAUCCUGUGUUGUGGAAAUCAUUAAUCCCUGAUUUGAAAAGUGUAAACCAUGGCAUAUCAAAAUGGAUUUUUGUGUAUGACUUGGGUUGUCGUUUAGUUAUGUUGAAAUAAUAUUCUAGUCAGAUUUUUCGUUAUAGAUGAAUUUUCAUACGUAAUGAAUAGUUCCGUUCGUAACUUCAUCGUUUUUAUUAUUGUCUGUAAACUUCAGGUGUUUUGCUGUACUUGAAGUCUUAAAUUUAUGUGAUACAUUCAGCGUCAAAUUGGUGCAAAUUUGUUAUGAAAUCUGUGGCCUCUGUGUGAAGCAGAAAACCCUCGCAUGUAAUGUCCAGACUGAAAAUGCCCUGUAAAAAACCUUGAAAAACUGAAGAAGGGUAAAUCAAAAUAAAUGUAACUGUCUAGUUUUUAUGGUGGAUGAACAUUUUGAGAUGAUUUGGAUUGUUAUGGUCACAAAUAUAGGCCUGGUGGCUUGAACUUGCUUUUUAUGCUUAUUUCCAUACACAGGACCUUCAGAGGGGUAGAAUAGUGCUGCAGUUUUCAAGGUAGUGUCUGGGGCCCUGUUCUCAGUGGCAUGUCAGCUGUCAAUAUCAUCAUGAACUUGUGUGUAAUUAGAUUCAUAUUGAUAUUUUAGAUUGUGCAUAUUGUAGUUAUGUGCGUAUGAUCUAAGAUGAUAUCAAGUAUAUACAUGAAAUAUGUGCAAAUUGGAUGGUUUUAAAGGUCAGUACUGUAAAACUUAGUUUCCACUUCUGUGGGAAACUGUGGUGAAAGUGGGAAACCGUGAGUACUAAUUUGAUUUCAAUAUCUUAUUGGCACUGCAAAUUUUAGGCAAUGUCAAAACCAUCCCAUUUGUGCUGAACCAAUAUUGAGUGAACUUGCAUGUAUGGGAAUGCUAUAUCAAUGAGCUUGUGUUCAGUUAGGUGAGGUAGGAUGUAGUGUCCAUUAGUCUUUCAGAAGCAUCUUGCUUCGUAAUCAUCACUUCAUUGUCACAUGUUCAUAAACACUGGUUCGUGGAUUUAUCGCAAAAUAUUUCAAUAAUUGUUGCAACUCUGCUUAAGUUGUAAUGUUUUUGAGGCUGCGUCUUCAAACUUACUUAUCCUUGUAAAAUGGCCAUGCCUUAUCUGAAGAAGAGAUUCUUCCUGGAUAUCAGUCAUGACAGAACAAUCAGAAUCCGCUUUUGAGGCUAGCUUUAGCAGUUCAGGAACUUGCUUUAUUAACAGCCAUGUAUCACAUCAUGAUAGCUUCCCUCCUUGCGAUAAGAUCAGGAACCAGCGCAACAUGAAUGCAAUCAUUGACUGAAACUAUCCGUGUGUUUUUCAAAACAAUUUGUCUACUAAUUCCGGAAGAAAUGUGUCGGGGAGGGGGGGGGGAUAAAUUUUUACUGGGUGAACUUCACUCUUUGCCAAUGUUUGUUUUGAACUAUGGCAUAUGUUACUUUAAAAUUGCUGAUUUGACCUGGCACUUUAAAAACACAUUGUUUUUUAAUGAUUGCACAUUUCUUCUUCAUGUAUUUGGCCAGAGUUCUGUUCACGUUUGUUUUAACUGGGAUGGUACUAGUACUUCAUUUGAUUUGGGGCCAUUCGAUUUUUGUGACAACUAUCAAGUUGUUGGCCAGUCUGUACAUACAUAGAUUUUUGUGUUAUUUCUGACAAAAUGUGAGUAGCAUCAUACAGUGUGACCCAGAGUGUUGUCUUGUCUGUAUUUAGAGUCAAAUAUGUGUAUAUUUAGACUCAAAAUGAAGUUGAGUGCGUAGGUUUCUGUCCCUAGUCUUUCCAUGUCCAGGUAGACCACAUGGUUAGAGCAACUGACAUGUAAGGAACAAAGGCCAACAACUUGUGCUUAUAUUCUUCUGGUGUCAUCACCUGAACCCACAAACUGUUCAUCCUAAUGGGAUGAUAUUUUGGGACACACUGUAUGAUAGCACUCUUAAUUUGACUGAGAUGGCAUUCACUCUUUACAGAACCCAGAUGGGAUGUGAACUCGAGAAUUUCCUAAAAUAAGAAAAGUGCAUGGACAUUUUCUGAAAUUUUCACAAUAAAAAACUAUCGUAAAUGGGAUGUAUACCGUGUAUGACGACGGAUGGCUUCUGUCCCAAAAGGGUUGUGGUUUUUAUUUGUUUAUCAUUUGUGUGUACAUAUUGUGUAUAUUGAGUCUAGUUUCUGUAGUGCUGAUUUCAUAUAGAAAUUAACUUGUAUAUUCUGUGUGUGCUGGAGUUGUGUAAUCAUUUUACAAGGUUAGAAUUGUUGGUGCUGUUGGUGUGAAUAUUAUGGGAUGAUUUCCCGCUCUAUCCUAAGUUUCUUUAUCCCUGGGGUGAUAUUUCCACUAAAAUGAUGUGUCGAAAAAAUUGCAUUUACAAAUAUUGAUUUCUUAUAUCUUUUAGGUUUUUGGGGAAAUACAGAUUUGAGCUGAGUAAAAGUUGCGGACCCCGUUAACUCUUACACUUCCUUUUAAUAGUUUCUUCUUGAAAUAAAACAUGUAUAUCAUUGGUCAUGAAACUUUGCUUCACAGGGCUUCACUCUGUCAUGGCCUUGUGUCAAAAUAUUGAUUUAUUUUUAAAAAAUUGUCUUAUCUGAUUUAUAGUACAUAUCAGUAUUUGAUUUAUCUGUGAAUAAUUUUAUUAAUCUUUGAGUAAAGAGGGUUCAUUUUGAAAGUCAUUGAAUUUCUAUCAAGGUAAUUCUGCCUUUUUUUGGAAACAUAUCAUUCUUUCUAACAGGAAGUGGAAUUGAAUGAUGAAGAACCAGAGGAUGGAGGAAUGAUAUGUACUGACGUUAGUAGAUUGCCUCUGAUGGUUUGGCCUCCUUGUUUCCUGUUUGAAUGAUCUGUUCGGGGCAAAAUCACAAUACCACUUGACUGAUAGAGUGAUCUUGCUUCCUAUUCUUUCAACCAACUUUAUAGUUAGAUUGGUUGAGUAAGACAAGAACUGGCCAAUACAGAAAGUUUCAGCCAUCUCAUUUGAAAACCACAUCUGUUGGUGUUUGAAAUACAGUUUCUCUAACAACUGACAAGUUUCAAUUGAAGUUUGCCUGACCACCAAAUAUAAUUUCGUAUGUUCACAUGGGAUUGAUAUGUACUCUGGGCCAAAGUUAACCUCUUUCAUCGAGAAAGCUAUCGGUAUUGGGUAAUAAAUACAAUAUUACAGCCAUACCUAAUUUAGAUGUAUCGUGUGAUGAAUGUUUGAAAUUGUUGUUAGCUGUUUGAAAUUUGAUAAAAAAUCACUAAACCCUGUGCAGAGGGAUCAUUCAUUCCUUUCUUGUAGUUUUUGGUGAUAAAUGAUCCCUGUGUACUAGGUUGCAUUCACCCACACUCUGAACAUGCACCAUAUAUGUACAUCAUUGUAGAUAUCAUGUAUGUACUAGCUUCCACCUUGUUUCUUUUCCUAUUUGGGCAGUGGCCAGUUACAAAUUGUAUGAAAGUUAGAGUUUGUUUGAAAGAGUUUGCCGGGUUGCACCUAGUUGAUUAUCAUAAUAAUGAAAGAUGUGGUAUAGAGGCUGUGUGAUGAUGUUUUGGAGGUCAAUCCAUGGCCUUUACCCUGCCGAUACUGCUCACAGUGUGCCACGUGCGUCAGUUACAUAAAUUCACUGUCGAAAAUGACAGCUUCCUUUGUGAUGACUUCAUCCACACAGCUUCUAUGCAAAUGUAAAUUUUCUCAAAGCUGUUACCAAUAAUGAAAAUGACCUCCCUGAAAAUACGUUCCAACGGGUUUGCAUUUUUAGCUGGUUUGGCUUUUCUGUUAGUUACAUGUAUAAGGUGCAACUCCGCUUUGUUGGUUAACCAUUCAGUGACUGACCAUUUUCAAAUGCUUGGGGGUUAAGUAAUGCAUUUUGAAAUUCAGGUUAGUUUCAAAUAGUUUAUUUAAAAUUUUAAAGAGCAUGACUGGGAUCCUUUUGACCAGUCUAACAUAUGAGUAACUUGAAUGCUUUCUGGUCAUGUUGAAGAGUUCAGAUGAAGUUUAUUUUGGCUUGUAUUAAAAUAGAAUCUUUACGACUUUCAGCUUUGGUCAGUUGAUGAAUGGUUAGGGGAUUGUGAAUCUGAAGAUGUGUUGUUUGUUAAAUCUGAGAUCCACUGAACCGAGAGGUAAAGAGUAUAUAAUACUAGUCCCAAUAUCAGUUGGCCAAAUUGAGAAAAAAAAUCAUGUUUGAACAAAUUUCUAUGAGGCAAUUUUGCUGAGCAUUCAAAUUAAACAUUGAUAUUUUUAUUGCAAAAUGAUUAAAAAUCUGUGAUUCAAAUUUUUUAUAUCGUACAUAUUUUGUGAAUUAAAAAGCAACUAAUUUUUACCUACCCGUAAUUAUGCAGUGUUUUGUGAGAAGAAUCACAAUUUCGAAUUGCGAGCUUUAGUUUCCUGCCUAGUCAUUUAAUGACUGAGAAUUGACCAAUCGAUACACAGGAUCCAACUUGAGUGUAUUCAGACCAGCAGUUGGCGAACUAAUUGGAAUUUGAAUGGUGAUUUUUCCAUUUUGAACACUGUUAGACAUGAUGUGAUGCAAACUUGAAUUAUGUGUAUCUCUUUGAAGAGAUGCCAUUCUCUUGGCUUUGUGAAUCUCGGGUAAACAGAAUAAGGAGGAAACUAAGACUCUUUCCUUUGACGUAAUUGUAUAUUGUAAAAAUUGCUUUUGUAUUUAUUUUUACACUAAAACAAUAAAUAAAUGCAUUUGACGUAUGAAA